AUGGGAGCUGAAGAGCGAAGGAAAGCCGUUGACCAUCACAUGGAAGGUGCGGGAGAAGAGCCGAUCAUACAGAUUGUUCGCCAGUUUGUUGCCACCUGGGUCGCCCGAUUUGGUGUUCCCACUGUGCUCACAACCGACCGAGGUGCCCAAUUUGAGUCAUCCCUGUGGUCAUCGCUCAUGUCACUACUUGGCACGUCUCGCAUUCGUACAACGGCUUACCACCCUGCUGCCAACGGCAUGGUAGAGCGCUUUCACAGACAACUGAAAGCUGCACUCCGAGCUUCCGACAAUCCACAGCGCUGGACGGAACAUCUGCCACUAGUCCUGCUCGGCAUUCGCUCCUCCCUGAAGGCUGACCUCAACUGCUCAGUUGCAGAAAUGGUCUACGGUUGCCACCUCCGCCUGCCAAGUGAUUUCCUCACUGACGAGCCUGAGCCAUUUCCGGAUCCGACGUCCUAUGUCAGCCGCCUCAAACAAGCCAUGUCCGAGCUCCGCCCUACACAACCCCGCAAGCCACCCACCCAGCAUCCGUUCAUUCCAGCUGACCUCUCGACAUGCUCUCAUGUCUUCAUUCGCACAGAUGCAACACGAACGCCCCUCCAACGUCCUUACACUGGUCCACACCGAGUCCUGGAACGUCAUGAUAAGUACUUCCGCCUCGACCUCAACGGCCGCUCCGACACAGUAUCCAUCGACCGACUCAAACCCGCAUUCCAUGACAACCAGUCUGUCGACCAUUGCCAUCCGACCAAGCCGACGCCAUCGCUCGCAUUCGACGUGCCUCCGCCACGCCAAACACGAGCUGGUCGUCAAGUCAGAUUUCCCGCCUAUUUCUGA